AUGCCUCAAAACUUUUAUAUCGAAGAGGCAAUCAAAAAACAUGGUCGUCGACUUGACCAUGAGGAGCGCAAACGUAAACGAGAAGCUCGCGAGGUUCAUAAGACUUCUGCCAAAGCACAGAAGCUGCAUGGCUUCAAGGCAAAACUAUACAACAAGAAGCGUCAUUCUGAGAAGAUCCAGAUGAAAAAAACUAUCAAAAUGCACGAAGAACGCAACAACAAGCAUAAAACUAAUGAUCAACCUGUUCAAGAGGGUGCCGUUCCCACAUAUCUGUUGGAUCGUGAAAACCAAACUCGUGCAAAGGUUCUUUCAAAUAUGAUUAAACAGAAGCGAAAGGAAAAGGCUGGUAAAUGGCAAGUUCCCCUGCCUAAAGUCAAAGGCAUGGAUGAAGCAGAAGUUUUCAAAGUGGUGCGAUCAGGAAAGCGCAAGAUCAAGCAAUGGAAACGUAUUGUUACAAAAGCUACAUUUGUUGGUGAAGGGUUCACACGUAAACCUCCAAAGUAUGAGCGAUUUAUUAGACCCAUGGCUUUGCGUUAUAAAAAAGCACAUGUCACACAUCCUGAGCUUGGUGCAACAUUCUGUUUGCCAAUUCUUGGUGUAAAAAAGAAUCCUUCAUCGCCCAUGUACACUCAGCUUGGUGUCAUGACCAAGGGUACAGUCAUUGAAGUGAACGUGUCUGAGCUUGGGCUAGUAACGCAGACUGGCAAAGUUGUUUGGGGUAAAUACGCACAGAUCACAAACAAUCCAGAAAAUGAUGGUUGCAUCAACGCCGUUUUGCUUGUCUAGUAUGAGAUUGUACGUAUGAUUCGAUCCUAUACAAAACUCCAUUCAAAUUCAGAAAUAAAGUUAUUUGUCAAAUUUUCAA